AUCAUUUGCUAGUUCAACACGGAUUGAAAAAGAAGCAGCAAUGGGAGACAAGCCAGAUAUCAGUGAAGUGAGCACCUUCGACAAGAGCAAGCUGAAACCCACAGAGACGGCGGAGAAGAACCCCCUUCCCACCAAAGAGAAAUCAACUAUGGAUCAGGAGCUCGACAUCUGUAAUAGAGUGUAUGACCUAGCAACAUUCAACAUGAGGAAGGUGUGUGUCACAAUCAAGACGUACAAAGUGAACAAGCCACCCUACAAUCAGCAACGACUAUCCAAAUCAUUUGCUAGUUCAACACAGAUUGAAAAAGAAGCAGCAAUGGGAGACAAGCCAGACAUCAGUGAAGUGAGCACCUUCGACAAGAGCAAGCUGAAACACACAGAGACGGCGGAGAAGAACCCCCUCCCCACCAAAGAGACCAUUGAGCAGGAAAAACAAGCCUAGAAGGGGGGACGCCUCAGUCACGAAAGAAGGAACAUGACUGUUGGCCCAAUUUGUACUUCAGCAAAAACUUAUUUUGAUAUUUUCGACACUCGACGAGAAAAAUGAACUGUGACUCUAUUUAACUUGAACUGGAAACUGUUUUCGAUAUGGACAUGGCGAAUUGAAACAUAUUUAA